GAUUGGUCGGCAUGGUCGUGACGUUUAACUCACGCGACUUUGAGAUAUUGCAAUAUUGUAGUUUUGCUGCUAAAUUCUCUUCUGGAUUCUGCGAUUCCACGUGAUGUUUACAAGUCGAAACCUCCCGUAUUUCUGCAUUCUUUAAGCACGGUUAAUAAAAGGCGAGCUCACCAUUUUUUUGGUGACGUUUCACCGAGGCAGAAACAGCCCCCGUACUACAGCUGGAAGGUGAGACAAGCAUAAAGGGCCUUGGAGUCUUGUGACCCCCUGGGGGCAUCUGUGCUAUCAACUGCAAACCAGAAGGAGGUAGCAGCCAUGAGGAUCUCUCAUGCUGUGAUCGGCCCUUCAGGAUGCAGCUCCUGCACUGGCGUACCCGCAGUGUGAGGCCGAGCUGAAGCCGGUGCCCGGAAACCUCAUCCACAGAGCGCGUGGUUGGUUCAUCAGAUAGAGCGGCUCCCACCGCUCAAUGGUGUCACGUGGGACUCUGCAAGAUGCAGAAAAAGAGCCGGAAGGAAACCGAAUCCUUAAGGAGCCCAAAAGCCUCACCUGACGAUGGAAUCUCACGUCUGUCCAAGCGGGACAAGAGACGCCUUCAUCUGAAAUGGCGGUUUCACGCGUGGAGGAGUUGGAAUCAAAAAUGUUGGUUUUACAGAAGACAGAGGACUGGCUCCGGCUCUGGCUCCGGUCUGUACUUUAGCUCCAGGUCACACGUACAAAACGGUCAUCUGCUCGGGUGCCCCGAAACAAAAAGACAAAACUCUGAAGGAAUGAACUUGGGUUCUGUUUGUAGUGAAUCAGACAGUCUUCCAGAAGAACCUGUUAGUUCCACCCGUUUGCCGCCAGUUUCUGUUGGAACAGUCAGUCCAGACACUCGGAGACGCUUAGAGGAUGUGGCGGAGCUCAGGGAAGCUGGCGCACCCCAGCAGCAAAAGGAAAGUAACACCUGGGAGUCUCAGAAGGCACACACACCUGUAGAUAAUGCUCCACUAGAGCUGCACAGUUCUGUCCACUCCGGUCAGAACCAGAAUCCUAAUGACGCUGUCUGUUGGAAAAAAGCUUCCUGUAGGACUGAUGUUGACCCAGACACGCUGACCAGGGACAUUCAAGACUUUCUGGACAGCUUCUACAGAAGAUAUGGGAGCUUCAUUCCACUUUGCAAGAGCGACAUCUUGAGCCACCUAAAAGGGAGGUUUAACUCUGGUUUCAGUGACUGGAAAACCCUAAUCUUGUCAGCGGCAGCCAGAUACCAAACUGCACUCAUUGAGAUGCCUGUAUCCCAAUUCCAGGUCGUCUACAAAAAACACAUUCUGACUCUGGAGGACCUCCUGACGCUUGCAGAUCAAAACUGGCUCAAUGAUCAGGUCAUGAACAUGUAUGGAGAGUUGAUCAUGGAGUCGUCUCAUCACAAGGUCCAUUUCCUCAACAGUUUCUUCCAUCGCCAGCUCAUGACCAAAGGAUACGAGGGUGUAAAGCGAUGGACAAAACAGGUGGAUUUGUUCUCCAAGAGCAUUCUUUUGGUGCCGGUCCACCUGGAAGUGCACUGGUGUCUCGUUACAGCUGACGUGGCGUCAAAGAAGAUCUGCCUUUAUGACUCUCAAGGGAAUGCACUGGAGAAAGUUGGAAGGAACAUCCUGAAAUACUUGAUAACUGAAGCGAAGGGGAAGCAUCAAAGCGCCUAUCAAAGUGGUUGGACGGUGUCAUUUGACGAGAAAAUCCCUCAACAGACCAAUGAGAAUGACUGUGGAGUCUUUGUCUUAGAGUAUUCUCGGUGCCUCGCCCUGUCCAGACCGUUCCAGUUCACGCAGAAGGACAUCCCAAAGAUCCGAAAGAGGAUCUACAAAGAGCUCUGUGACUGCAAGCUGCAGCUGCAGGACUGAAGCCUUCGCUGCCAUGGAUCCUGCUGCUGCGAGGAGAAAAUGACUGCUCCCUCUUGGGCCGGCAGCACUGUGUGCACAUUUGCAUUACUUAUUUAUGCACGCCUGAUCACAAAUAUGACGUCUAUAAGUGGGCAGAGCAGCUUUGAUCUGACUUUAAUGUUUUGAUUUUUAACUCAUUUUCUGUUGAAAAAUUGUGAUUGUAUGAGUCAGAAUUUGUGUUGGCAUCGUCUUGAAGGCUUAAUUCUCUGAUUAAUUCUCAGAAGUAAGACAAUUGUUUACAAUAAAAAACAUACUUUUUGAA